GCUAGAAUUAAACGGUUAACACAGGCUAGAAUUAAACGGUUAGCACAGGCUAAUAUUAAACAGGCUAGAAUUAACCGGUUAACACAGGCUAGAAUUGAGCGGUUAACACAGGUUAAAAUUAAACAGUUAACACAGGUUAAAAUUAAACAGUUAACACAGGCUAAAAUUAAACAGUUAACGUUAACACAGGCUAAAAUUAAACAGUUAACGUUAACACAGGCUAAAAUUAAACAGUUAACGUUAACACAGGUUAAAUUUAAACAGUUAACGUUAACACAGGUUAAAAUUAAACAGUUAACGUUAACACAGGUUAAAAUUAAACAGUUAACGUUAACACAGGUUAAAAUUAAACAGUUAACACAGGUUAAAAUUAAACGGUUAACGCAGGUUUGUAAGAGCCUUGUCAUAUCAGAUAGUCAGAUCCAGAGGCAUGUUCCAGAGGCGCAUGUACACUCAGAAGCAUGUUCAGAGUCAUGA